ACACACACUUCUCUUCAGUCCUUGCACCUUUCUCCAUGGCCGUAGUCAGUGGAACGUACUGCCCAUUUCCCUCUCCCCCCUUCUCCUUCUCGGUUGUUUCUUCCUCCAAAGAAACAAGUUCAAAUUCAAGCUCAAAGUCAGUGAAAUUAAGGGAGGACUGGAGGAAAAAGUCCAGACCAAUUCCUCCUGGUGGGGUCUAUCCAGCAAAGGACCACUGCAGUAAAUGCGGGUUGUGUGAUACUUAUUAUAUUGCCCAUGUCAAGAAUGCUUGUGCUUUUCUAGGAGAUGGCAUGUCCAGAAUUGAAGCCUUAGAACAGAUGGUCCAUGGCCGAGGGAGGAAAGCAGAUUCGCUGGAUGAGGUGUACCUGGGGGUCUAUGAGAAUCUUUUGUAUGCUCGAAAAAUUAAGCCUGUUGAUGGAGCUCAGUGGACUGGAAUAGUUACAACAAUUGCCGUGGAAAUGCUUAAAACUGGCAUGGUAGAAGCUGUUAUUUGUGUCCAGAGUGAUCCUGAAGAUAGAUUUACCCCAAGACCUGUCCUAGCAAGGACACCAGAGGAAGUCAUUGCAGCCAAAGGUGUUAAGCCGACACUAUCCCCUAAUCUUAACACCCUGGCCCUUGUUGAGGCAGCUGGAGUGAAACGCCUUCUUUUUUGUGGUGUAGGGUGCCAAGUGCAAGCAUUGAGAUCUGUUGAGCACCACUUGAAUCUGGAGAAGCUUUAUGUUCUAGGUACUAAUUGUGUUGAUAACGGAACAAGAGAAGGCUUAGAUAAAUUCCUGAAAGCAGCUAGCAGUGAGCCAGAAACUGUCCUCCAUUACGAGUUUAUGCAAGAUUAUAAGGUUCAUUUGAAGCAUUUGGAUGGACAUAUUGAAGAGGUUCCCUAUUUCUGUUUACCAGCAAAUGAUUUAGUAGAUGUCAUUGCACCAUCUUGCUACAGCUGUUUUGACUACACAAAUGGUUUAGCGGUGAGUUUUUUCUACCCGAGUCUGGGAUAGAGGCUUGAUGUUUAUGUAAUUCAUAUAUAAUGAAUGUAUAUGUGCCCAUUUGUUGUUUA